AUGGCACUACUGAUGAAUUGUUUGAUGUGUGUGGUUGCUCUAUCAUUGACGGUGACCAUGAGCCAUGCUUUGAGAAGAGUCACCCUGAAGAAGAUGCCAUCUAUCAGAGAGACACUGCAGGAGAUGGGUGUUUCUGCAGAGCAGGUGUUGACUGAGCUGGCCCAGAAGAGGAAAGCCGACAACAACAACAACAACAACGGGACUGUUCCUACACCUCUAACCAACUACUUGGAUACUCAGUACUUUGGGGAAAUCAGUAUUGGCUCUCCGGCCCAGAUGUUCAAUGUGGUGUUUGACACAGGCUCAGCCAACCUGUGGGUGCCCUCGCAAAGCUGCUCACCUUUCUCAACCGCCUGUUUUACUCAUAACAGGUAUGAUGCUUCUCAAUCCUGGACUUAUGUUGAGAAUGGAACGGGAUUUUCCAUCCAGUAUGCCUCUGGAAAUGUCAGGGGAUUCCUGAGCGAAGAUGUGGUCAUGGUGGGUGGUAUUCCUGUGGUGCAGGUGUUCGCUGAGGCCACCUCUCUGUCGGCCAUGCCCUUCAUCUUCGCCAAGUUUGAUGGAGUCCUGGGGAUGGGUUACCCCAACGUGGCCAUCGAUGGCAUCACUCCCGUGUUUGACCGCAUCAUGUCUCAGCAUGUCCUCAAGGAAGAGGUGUUCUCUGUCUACUACAGCAGGGACCCAAAACACUCCCCAGGUGGAGAGCUGGUGCUCGGCGGCACAGACCCAAACUACUACACUGGAAACUUUAACUAUAUGGACACCAGGGAGGUGGGAAAAUGGGAAGUUAUCAUGAAAGGAGUUUCUGUGGGAAUGGAGAUGAUGUUUUGUGCAGAGGGCUGUACAGCUGUGAUCGACACGGGCUCCUCCUACAUCACAGGCCCAGCCUCCUCUGUGUCUGGGCUGAUGAAAACCCUCGGAGCACAGCUGGAUGAAAGUGGAUACAAAGUCAACUGUGACACUGUAAAGACGCUGCCCAGUGUCACUUUCCACCUGGGUGGCCAGGAGUACUCACUCAGCCAGGAGGAUUACAUCUUAUGGCAAUCACAGAUUGAAGGGGACGUCUGCACCGUCACCUUCAGGGGCUUGGAUGUGCCGCCCCCUACAGGUCCCAUCUGGAUUCUGGGGGCCAACUUCAUCGCCCGCUACUACACAGAGUUUGACCGUCGUAAUAAUCGCAUAGGCUUUGCUACUGCAGUCUGACAGGAACCGAGCCUGUUUUUCUUCUCCACUAUUUCUUGCUGCUAUCUCCCAACGUUUUCUUGAUGCUUCCUUGUCCAGUUCUCCCUUCCUUUGUAUUUUAUGAAAACUCAUGAUCCAAAUAAGUCUGUCUUAUAAAAAAUGCUAGAGAGUGCACAUAAAAGAACUCAUCCUCACAUUUCUUGCAAAUCUAUGCUUUCCUACUAUAUAUGAA